AUGUUGGACGUUGUAGGGAAGAGCGGCACCGAUUACGAGAUCGGCACAAAUACAAGAGACCAACGUCGACGCUGUAAGGAAAGGAUCGGCGCCACUGAGGACUUCGAUAUACAAAUAUCUGUUACUGAUGAUGAUGAUGAUGAUGGGCUAAGGCACAUGUUGCUUUGCCGUGUUAUAUUGGGAAGGAUGGAGGUUGUUCGACCAGGUUCGGAACAAUAUAAUCCAAGUUCCGAAGAAUUUGAUUCCGGGAUCGAUAAUUUAGUGUCUCCUAGAAAGUACAUAGGUUGGAGUACUCGAAUGAAUACUCAUAUCUUGCCAGAAUUUGUGGUCAGCUUCAGAAUUCCAUCUAAUCUUAGAAGAAAUCAAAGGAUUCAGCCUCAUCUAAUUGCUUGCUUCUUGCAUUAA